AUGAUUCUAAUAGACGACAUAAAGUACUCGUGUAUGGAGUGCAUCCGAGGCCACAGGUCGUCGCUGUGUCGCCACCACACAAGGCCGCUAGUCCAAGUCAGAUCGAAAGGUCGACCGAACGUACACGCCAACGGCAACCCCAACCACAGAAUAGCCGUUUUUGCGGAGGAAAUCGCCGAGGAUCCUCCUAGCGGUGCUAGCGACGUCAGUGGAGACGAUUUUGCCAGCCCCUCAAAGACCAACUGCAAAAAGUGCCCUGUGAUCAUCCUCAAGGCCUCACCCAAGCAAGUGAUCGAUCUCGUGAGUGGCCAGAUAGUGGGACCCUACCACGACAAGGAGGCCUACCACAACUUCGAGUCGAGACCCCCACCUCCUGUGAUCCACAGCAACAGCUUCAUCAACACCUCGACCUGCUGUACGCCAGCAAGAGUCACCAAAAAGAACCACGCCAACAAGUCCUGCGGAUGCUGCGUCAACAAGACCAGCAAGAACGUCAGCUCGUCGUCGAUCUUGAAGAAGUACCUCUCCAACCAGGUCAACAAGGACAAGGCCAAGCUCGCGUUCCUGAACCUGGUCCAGGUCAAACACCCACCACCAGUGGUCAAGGUCAAGUCCGAGCCUGAACGCCAGAUGUACAACGUGGUGCCAGUGCCGUCGUGCUCGAUCCCUGGCUCGUGUGCGUGUGACGACAACUGCCAGUGCGAUGGGUGUGUGAUCCACGGCAACACCACCGUGCCAUUGCCAGAGGACGUGAACAAGUUGCUCUACCCCCUCGAGAACGAGAUCGCCAUGGAUUACAACACCUCCAACCUUGUUUUCAGCAGCGUGCCAUCGUACCCCAAGCAUCCAGCAGUGGCAAGUACUCAGUAUCCUGAUUUUUCAAAGCUAUUUCCGGGAGAAACAGCGCCGUUCCUUGCCGAUUUCUUGACAAAACAGUCGGUGGCUACCUCUGAGUCUGUCAGCUCAGAGGAGGACAGUUCUCCGAGCACCAACACCUGCUCUUGCCCCGCCGAGAGCUGUGAUUGUACUAAUUGCGAAACCCACGGGAUUAUCAACGGAUACAAGCUUGACGACAUAUUCAACUCCCAGAUGGAUAUUCGUAUGAUGUCGGCUUUCAUGAACGACAAUGGCAAGGUAGCAGGACUGCCAGCAUUGGAAGAUGUACUCAAUUCCUCGGGAGGAGCGGCUCCCCCCAGAAUACCCGGGGAAAUUCAGCCUCCAGGAGGAUGCUGCAACAAAUAG